AUGCCACUAUGGUUAAGUGCUAUGGAUCCAGCCUAUGAACGGGCUAUUUACAUCAUCGCUUUUAUCUACCGCUCUAUCGCACUUGUACUUUCCAUUCUCGGCUAUAUUUCUAUGUUCUGUCUAGUACGGAAGAAGGCAAAUCGCAACGAAAUGCGUAUUUUGAUUCACGGAGGAAGUCUUCUAUCAGCACUAUUAGCAUCUUUGAUAUGUACGAUAGUCGAGGGACUCGAUAUAGGAAGUGAUCACGCAUUGAUGCGAGUGUUCUACUUCACAACCUUUUUGUGGGUUCCAUGUACUGAUAUAGUAACAACAUUCUGGAUUAUGGCAUCUUUGCGGCAUAUUGUUAACCCAUUCAAAAUAGCACCGAAAACAAGAACAAGCAUAACCAACUCGAAGAUUGCUUUCGCACCACCAUCUCGUCAAUAA